GAGGACUCCAGGGAGAUGAGCGCACAUGCGCAGAGGUCAGGGUGCUACAGGACACCACAGGUACAUGACAGGAAGUCUGCCGGAGGGAGCGGCGCGAGGUGCAGGGCCAGUGAGCACAGCGCCAGACUCCGAGGGCCCAGGCGACCUGGUGAACCUCCACUGGACUUGGGCAGCAUCCCCUGGCUGGGCCACGCCCUGGAGUUUGGAAGAGAUGCCGCCAGCUUCCUCGCCAGGAUGAAGGAGAAGCACGGUGACAUCUUUACUGUGCUGCUGGGGGGCAGGUAUGUCACUGUCCUCCUGGACCCGCACUCCUACGACACGGUUACAUGGGAGCCGAGCACCAGGCUGGACUUCCAGGCCUAUGCUGUCAUCCUCAUGGAGAGAAUUUUCAGCGUGCAGCUCCCGCAUUACAACCCCAGUGACGAGAAGGCCAAGAUGAAAGUGACCCUGCAGCACAGAGACCUGCAGGCGCUCACGGAUGCGAUGUACACCAACCUGCGCACCGUCCUGCUGGGGGAGCCCGCGGAGGCGACUGGUGACUGGUGCAAGGCGGGUCUGCUCGAGUUCUGUUAUGGCGCCCUGCUCAGAGCCGGCUACCUGACCCUGUAUGGUGUGGAGGCGUCGCCAGGCACCCCCGAGAGCCAGGCCCAGGACCGCACCCACUCAGCCGACGUCUUCCACACCUUCCGGCAGCUCGACCUGCUGCUCCCCAAGCUGGCUCGGGGCUCCUUGUCAGCAGGGGAUAAGGACCACGUGAGCAGCGUCAGAGGUCGCUUGUGGAAGCUGCUGUCUCCGGCCAGGCUGGCUGCCCGAGCGCUGCGGAGCAGCUGGCUGGAGAGUUACCUGCGGCACCUGGAGGAGAUGGGGGUGUCACCCGAGAUGCAGGCGCGGGCCCUGGUGCUGCAGCUCUGGGCCACGCAGGGAAACAUGGGCCCUGCUGCCUUCUGGCUCCUGCUCUUCCUUCUCAAGAACCCAGAGGCUCUGGCUGCCGUCCGCGGGGAGCUCGAGCACACCCCGCGGCAAACAGAGCAGCCUACCUCGCAGAUGAGCACCUUCCCACAGAAGGCCUUAGACAACACGCCUGUGCUCGACAGUGUGCUGAGCGAGAGCCUCAGGCUCACAGCCGCCCCCUUCAUCACCCGCGAGGUUGUGGUGGACAUGGCCCUGCCCCUGGCGGAUGGGCGGGAGUUCUCUCUGCGACGUGGCGAUCGACUCCUCCUCUUCCCCUUCCUGAGCCCCCAGAAGGAUCCAGAAAUCUACACAGAUCCAGAGGUAUUUAAGUACAACCGAUUCCUGAACCCAGACGGAUCAGAGAAGAAAGACUUUUACAAGGGUGGGAAACGGUUGAAGAAUUACUGCAUGCCGUGGGGCGCGGGGCACAACCAGUGCCUGGGGAAGAGCUAUGCCAUCUACAGUAUUAAACAAUUUGUGUUCCUCGUGCUGACGCACUUUGACCUGGAGCUGGUGAGUGCAGAUGAGGAGAUCCCCGAGUUCGACCUCAGCAGGUAUGGCUUCGGUCUCAUGCAGCCAGAGCGUGACGUGCCCGUCCAGUACCGAGUCCGGCCAUGACCUGUGGAAGCCUCCAGCCAGCCUUCUCCAGCCUUCUGGCUUUUCUGUGCCGCACUGCCAUGUCCCUGCUGUCCUCCUAAAUGCCUCUGCCCAAGGGAAAGGACAGAGUGGAAGCCACAAAGGACAUCCAAGUCAAGAAAAGACAUUGAAAGUUUUAUGUCUUAUCGCUGUAAAGUUUUAGUUCCAAAUCAG